UAAUAAAAGCAGCGCUGCUGCUGCGUUGGAUUCGGUGGAUUCGUUGGAUUCUACUGGCGGAUCGUGGGCCUGUCCACUGCAUUCGUGAUUUCGCCCGUGGAGUUGCACAUCGUGUCUCUAUAGCUGGCCAACAAAUACCGAUUGCAAGAUGAAUGUGGAGAAGCUGAAGCGCCUGCAGGCCCAGGUUCGGAUCGGGGGGAAGGGCACUCCUCGGCGGAAGAAGAAGGUCAUGCACCAGACGGCGGCCACCGACGACAAGAAGCUGCAGAGCUCCCUCAAGAAGCUGUCGGUGAGCACUAUCCCGGGCAUCGAGGAGGUCAACAUCAUCAAGGAUGACCUCACGGUGAUUCACUUCAACAACCCCAAGGCGCAGGCUUCCUUGUCGGCCAACACCUUCGCCGUCACUGGUCACGGGGAGACCCGAAAGGUGGUGGAAAUGCUGCCGGACAUCCUGCCCCAGCUGGGCCAGGAGACGGUCGUCCAACUGCGGAUGUAUGCCAACGCCAUGAACAGUCAGAAGGGCGGUGCACCCGGCGACGGACCUCUUCCCGCCGAGGAGGACGAUGACGUGCCCCAGCUCGUGGGCGACUUCGAUGAGGUGGCCAAGGUGGAGGCCACCACCAAGCAGCCAGAACAGGCGCCAAAGGAUUCGGUAGAGAACAAACCAAAGGACAAGCCUCAGCAGCAGCAGCAGCCCAAGAAGGAUCAAAAGCAGCCACAGAAGGCGCCGGAGACCAAACCCAACGAGAAACCCAAGGAGAAACAGGACAACAAGAAGGGUCAGGCCAAAGAAGCCAAGAAGAACGAUCAGCAGGGCAACAAGGAGAAGCCAAAUAAGAACAAGGAUCAGGCCAAGGGUCAACCAGCUCCUCAGACCAACAAGGAAAAGACACAAGCAGCGGAAACUCCAAAGCAGGAAACUCCAAAUAAGGAUCCUCCAAAGAAGGAAGCUCCAAAGCAGGAAGCUCAAAAGCAGGAAGCUCCAAAGCAGGAAGCUCUAAAGAAGGAUCUUCCCAAGCCAGCGGCGGAACAAAAGAAGGAGCAACCCAAACCCGCUGACCAGAAGAUUGAAACCAAGCCGGUGGAACAAAGCGUGGAGCAACCCAAGUCCAUGGAAAACAAACCCGCUGAGCAAAAAGUGGAGCCACCUAAACAGGCUGAGAAACCGGUGGAGAAACCUAAACAGGUUGAGCAGCCCAAAGCCACUGCACCAAAGGAUAAACUGCAAACUGGACAACAAGUGGAUCAGAAUACCCAGCCACAACCCGCUGAACAAAAGGUAGAGCAACCAAAGCCGGCAGAGCAAAGGAUUGACGCCAAACCAGCGGAGCAAAAACCCGAACCACUGAAGGAGACCUCUGGAAAGGCGGCCACGCCCACUGGUGUCCAGACUCUCGCCCAGAUCGUGGCCUCAGAGCCACCCAAGCAGGCAGAUCCUCCAGAGAAACCAGCCGGCGAAGUGGCAGCCACUCCUAAAAUUGAAGAGCAGAAGAAGGAGUCGCCUCCUCCAGCUCAGUUGGAGCCAACGAUUCCUCCAGCUGCACCUGUUUCCACUGCUGAGCCACCGAAGAGUGCUUCUAAACAGGAUUCACCACCAAAGAGUGCUCCUAAACAGGAGUCACCUCCAAAGGUUGCUCCUAAGCAGGAUUCUCCUCCAAAGAAUGCCCCCAAACAGGAUUCACCACCAAAGAGUGCUCCCAAACAACCAUCUCCUCCUAAGAACAACCAGGAUAAGCCCUUUGUAACGGAGAAACCUAAGCAAAAGACUCCUCCACCAGCUAAGCAGGUUACUCCACCGGCUGAAGUGGCAAAAACUCCAGCUCCAGAAGUUACCAAGACGCCCGCUCCAGAAGUUUCCAACGCACAGAUUGCUCAGGCACCGCCAAAACCUCAAGAUCAGACUGCAGAUUCUACCAAGAAGGAGGCACCACCACCCGCCAAGCCAGUGACGCCCCCAGCUCCAGUGGCUUCGGCCACUCCUGCAGAGGCGCCAUCCCCUCUGGCACCCUCCACUCCGCCCUCGACUCCCACAUCCGUACCACCUUCCGCAGCGGCCGUGACUCCGCCAUCUCCCGCCACAGUGACUCCGCCGUCGCCUGCUGCAGUUACUCCGCCCCAGAAACAGGCUGCGGCACCCCAGGCGCAGAAUGCCAAGAAGCAGGACUCAGGAGGACCAAAGCCAAAGCAGCAGCAACCUGCCAACAAGCCGCAGCAGGCGCAGAAGCAGCCACAAGGAGGACCAGCCGGAGCAGGAGGACCAGGGGGAAACAAGCCCCAGCAGAAACAGCCGAAUCCCAAUGCCAAUGCCAAGCCAGCAGUUGCUCCCAAGCCAGCUCAGCCUGCAGGAAAGCCAGCACCUGCAUCUCCGAAAGCAGCUCCCAAUCAGUCAGCUCAACAGCAGGGAAAACCAGCGGGCAAAGCCUCUCCUCCCAAGCAAACGGGACCAACUGGGGGGCAGCAGAAGCCAGCGGCGAACUCCCCCAAGGCCACGCCCUCUCCAAAGGCAGGUGGCUCCCCGAAGGCGGCCUCACCAAAGGCCGGAACUCCUCCCAAUCCCACUCCCUCUGCCGCCCCUGGAGGCAAUUGAUCCUCCUUUCAUCUCAUUUUCAAUCGGCUCCCUUGCAUUUCGAAUUUUCUCGCAUUUUCAGACUAUCUCUUCGAUUUCGUUAAUCUCUCUUUUAGUCCCAGGUACUAACAGUUUUUUGAUAAUUUGUGCCCUUUACUUUUUCAAUAAAAUUAUAAUUUACAAAAA